UGUCCGUGUUCCGUGACAUGAAGUUCCAGUAGUCUCUUAUCACAUUGUACCAAUAAUUUAUUGUAAAAUACUAAAAUUACGUCUUAUCAGUUUUCAAAAUAUAAUUUUUAUCAUCAAUUUUUUAUUCUGAAAAUUUAAUUUUAAAUUUUAAAAUGACUACUCCGAGAUCAAAGUCGCCAAAACCACAGAAUUCGUUUAGAAAAGAUGACGUCAAAGAUGAGACAACAUUUUGGGACAAAAUUGGAACACUAGGACGUAAAAAGCGAAUAAAGGAAGUGCAAGAAGUUCAGGAAGAGGGAAAAUAUGCUAUCGACUCCCCAGGCAAUCCAGCUAUGGCUGAUGUUCCUCCUGAAGAAUAUACUCUUGAGGAAAAUGAAGAACGAACUAUGGUGGAACCAAAGUCCUAUUCUGAUCCUAAAUUACAAGAGUUAAUGAAUAUAUUAAUUGAUUGGGUAAAUGAUGUGUUAGCUGAUCAUCGGAUAAUUGUAAAAAAUCUAGAACAAGAUCUUUAUGAUGGACAAGUUUUACAAAAACUGUAUGAAAAAUUGACUAAUGAAAAGUUGGAUGUUCCUGAAGUAACUCAAUCUGAAGAAGGGCAAAAACAAAAAUUGUAUGUUGUUCUUGGAUCUGUAAAUAAUAUCUUGGGAUUGACUGGUAACAGACUAUCGCAACAGAAAUGGAGUGUUGAAAGUGUUCAUUCUAAAAACCUUGUAGCCAUUUUGCAUUUAUUAGUGUCACUAGCUCGUCAUUUCCGAGCACCAAUUCGGCUUCCCGAAAAUGUCACUGUCAAUGUAGUGAUUGUCCAGAAACGUGAUGGGGUGCUGAAGAAUCGAACUGUAAUUGAAGAGAUCACAUCUAGGUAUGAUGACCUUGGUAUGAGAUGCGAGCGUGAUGCUUUUGAUACAUUAUUUGAUCAUGCACCUGACAAAUUAGAAGUAGUUAAAAAAUCCUUGGUGACAUUUGUUAACAAACAUUUAAACAAGAUUAAUAUGGAAGUUCAAGAUUUAGACACACAAUUUCAUGAUGGUGUUUAUUUAACAUUGUUAAUGGGAUUACUUGAAGGAUUUUUUGUGCCAUUAUAUUCCUUUAAUUUGUCACCUCAAAAUUUUGAACAAAAAGUACAUAAUGUUAAUGUGGCAUUUGAUUUAAUGCAAGAAAUUGGAUUAGCUGCACCUAAAGCUAGACCUGAAGACAUUGUUAAUUUGGAUUUGAAGUCAACAUUAAGAGUGCUGUAUAAUCUUUUUACCAAAUAUAAAAAUGUAUACUAAUUAAAUCAGAUGUAAUAUUUAGGGCUGUUUCUACAGUGUCCGGUUAGUAUUAUCAGGCACUAACCGAACAUUGUAAGAAUGGCCCUUAAGUAUUGUUAAUAUUAAUGAAAAGUAACAUUUGUUUAAGUGACAGUAUUUUUAAUGGCACACAGAAGUUAUGCACUUAAUUUAUGAAGAAAAGUAACUGAGGUACACUUAUCCAAUAAUUAAGCUAUUUACAAUUAUUAGCUUGACAAUCAAAAUUUAUAAAUAUAUUUUAAUAUUAUUUAUGGUUUUACAUUAUACUAUAGGUAUUAUAUUUUGUAUGCGAUUGUUACUUGUUAGAAUAAUAAGACAACAGACUAACUAACUAAUUUUAUGAAUUUAUUAAUUUUGUAAUAUCAUUUAAUAUUUUGUUGAAUUAUAACAUUUUAUAUUUUAUUGUUUCAAUCACAAAUUAUAUUGGUUCAGUCAUCAAAAUAAACAAUAUGACAUUUAAC